CUAGUAUUGUUAUUAUUUCUUAUCCAGUUCAACCUGCAUCCUAAAUAACUGACCGGCAUUUCUCGGUAUCUGUCAUUUGUUGAUACGUGCGAAGGAAUCAUGUUUACCUCGCAAACUUCAAUGCAAACUUCCUCCUUCCAAGAUUCAAUUGACGUGGAAGAAAAGGAUACGGAUUAUGACAACGAAGAGAUUGGAUAUAAUCAGAAAAUACAGUUGAACUGUUACUAUACCAUUUAUUUCUACCAAGGCACCAGAUCUGAGGCAGCUGCAGAGGGCAACGUGGCAUGGAGCCAGAGAAGAACAGAUUCCACAGCCAGUACCAGUCAGGAAGAUUUUAGCCUCACCCUAGUGGACAGCAGCCUGCCGGCAGAGGCGGAGCCAGAGCUACGAUGCUACAUCUCCCGGAGGCUGAGCAAAGGAGCCCUGCUGGGGGGCAUGGGAAACAUUGCCACAGUGGAGCUCAGUGUCCCAGAGGCGGCGGUGGGAUGUUACUGCUGUCUCCUGGAGCAGGAGAGAUCCCCAGAGCAGCUCGACGCAGACGGCAAUGGCUAUGUGAUCUGCCUCAUGGGAGGCUCUGAGAAAGGCCUCAACCUAUUCAGACUCGAACUGGACAAGUACGUGCAAGGCCUGCAGAGCAGUCUACAGACUCCUGAGCUGGUGAACCUAGAGACCGAGAUCAGGCCCUACCUGAGCAUGUGGUACGAGGAGUCGGUGAUGCACAUCCACAGAGUGGUGCAGAUGGUCCAGGGGAGUAUCAGCUUCCUGCUACAUGCUGCUCUGAGUCACAUACACGUGGAGGUCACCAAUACAGAUGACAGGACCAAGGCUGAUGUUGCUAGGUUCAUUAAGGCAGCCAGUCUGCAGGGUCUGGUCCAGGAGGACACUACCUCAGCCUCUCUGUGUAAGGCCUCAGAAGCCAUUACUGACCUGAUCAUAGACUGCUCCACCAGCCCUCCUACACUCUCCAACACAGGUCUGUGUAACUGCUCUAACCUGUUCAGUAACCGUUUCUGUGACGACUGGAUCCAGUCAUUCCUGAACGCAGCAGAGCGCUGUAACCCUUUCCUCCUCAGACAGAUCCUGGAGAACUUCAAACUCAAGGCCAUCCAGGACAUGAACAGUCUGAAGCGGUUCAUCCGUCAGGCCGAGUCGAGUCACUACGCUCUGUUCCGCUGCUGCCAGUUCCUGCAGGGCUGUGGGAAUGGGGACGUGCUGCUCCAGAACGCCCACGCCGAGCACAGCGACCUCCCCGAGGCCUGCAGCAUCAUCCGCGUGCUGGACGAGUUCCUCAGCGAACAGCAGGCCCAGGGAUGAGGGACACUGACAUACCGCAGCCACCAGGGCGGCGAUAGUUCAACUCUAAUCGACAUUGACAUACCACAGCCACCAGGGCGGCGAUAGUUCAACUCUAAUCGACACUGACAUACCGCAGCCACCAGGGCGGCGAUAGUUCAACUCUAAUCGACAUUGACAUACCGCAGCCACAAGGGCGGCACUUUUCCUUUACCUUUUCCUUGACCUUUGGUGUUUUACAUACAUGUUGUUGUUAUAUUUGAAGUGGUCAGUGUCUUCCAUUUGCGGUGUGAUUGAAUAGCAUUUACCCAGACGAAACAGACCAAUUAUGUUGCAUCUGAAUCAGAAUUAACUGUAAAAACCAGAAAGAUCCAAAGUCAUGCUAACACUAGUGUUUUCUUUGCUAGUAUUAAAACAUGCAGUACUAUAAACUAAUGGAAACACUAUCAGUAUGUUUAACCCAUACUAUACAUCUCAACAUCGGAAUCAUUUGUUUCACAUGUCCAAAUGUUGUAUUUUAUUUAUUUAUUAUUAGUGUUGCUUGCUUGCCUUUUGUCUGCAUGUCAGUGUGCUAGCUACAUACUACAGUACAAGCCUGCUUUUCUGCAUAGUGGAAUCACUUUAAUCAGCUUUUGUUACUUACUCAAUUUCACUGCUGCUUUUUGUAUUUCUGUUGCUGACUGCAGUCUUUGUCUUAUCUAAAGAUAUUCCUUAAUCUGGUUAAUCCUUACAUUCCUUAUUACGGGAAUAUUACAGUGUUGUAGUGGCAAAAACGUGUUGUAGAUCUACUUCACAGGAGGCUGCUGAGGGGAGGACGGCUCAUAAUAAUAAUAGCCAGAACGCAUGGAAACCAUGUAUUUGAUACCAUUCCACUCAUUCCUCUCCAGCCAUUACCAUGAGCACGUCCUCCCAAAUUAAGGUGCCACGAACCUCCUGUGAUCUACUUUCACUGUAUAUUAAGUUACAAAAAUUACCUUCACAACUCUUCACCAGCCCUAUUAUAAUGAUAGUAUGUUCAGGGCAAAAUAACCCACAUUAUUUAUUGUGCCUGUAUGACAGCAACUAAGUAGGAUAUAUUUUCCUAUCAAUGUGUCUACAUCUCUAAAAGUACAUAAUGGUGAAAAUGAAGCAAUAUUGUCUGUGAAGGUGUGCCCUUUAAACUGUGAACCAAGUGACAUGUUAGUCGGUGUGCUAUUGCAUUGGACAAUGUUGACUGACCAUACAACCUUUAACUGUGCAUUUAAAUCUCCUGUACAAUUUAAUGUCUAUCAUAUUGAUCUGUAGUUUGUCUUAUAAGCUGAAACAAAUAGUAAUGUGAAUCCUCUGUGUGGACUGAA